UGCGGUCUACAAAGCUAAAGUUCAUUAUAUGAUCGAAAUUCUGAUCGAAGGUUAGAAAGAGAUUGUCUAUAUUGUACUUGUGCUUGUACGUGGAAACCUUGAUGGUCAAAGCUAAAGGUUGGAUUUCAUGUGCUACUUGGCUCGGGUAAGCCCUAAAAUCAACUAAAAUUUGAAUCUUUGACCUAUACAAAAUGGGAAGUGCUACAUGCCCAGUGAUGUGGUAUGGUGAAAAUCUUGUAGGAAAUUGGAGCGUUUGGAAGUCUAAGAAAUUCGGUUAAGAACUAGAUUUUCAAGGGCGGUGGACAUUGCUGCAGGAUUUGGCUAGCAGCAUACUUCAGGUGAGUGAGUAGAUAACUUUUUCAAUACACUAAACCUAUACACACUUAUGAUCCGAGACAUUCUUCAGGUUUUGUCAUAGUGUGCGUAUUUGUUGAUCUCCGUAUAUCUCAAUUCAUGUACUGUUUAUCGAAUUACCUAUGUGACCCUUGAUAGGCCUAUGUUUGGGACCAGUACUGAAUUGUUUGCUACCUUCCGAUAUGACAUUGCUAUAAGUUACUCUGGUUCUAAUUCUGUUUCUGAAUUAUGUGUUAUUCUAAUUUCAAUUUUUUAUCAUAUGCUAUUCUGAUUCCGUUCAAUAAUUGAUUGAUUAAUUAUUAUCUGUUUCUUGGAAGUUACUAUUUUUCAGAAUUCUGUAUGCUAACGACAGUAGACGUUAGCCUUGGUGCACCAUGUUUAGCCUUAGCUAGCAUGGGGUUGCUAGCCCCUUGUGUUGGCCAACAAAUGUGGUUCUGAUAUUUGGCAUUAUAUGUGUUAUUUGAUAUUUGGCACUGUGUGUGCUAUCUGAUAUGUGGCAUUGAGUGUGAUGUCUGAUAUUUGACACAAUGUGCGCUAUCUAAUAUGUGGCACUACAUGUGCUGUCCGAUGUUCUGAUCGAUUCUAUAUGACAGUACUCCCUUCCAACUUAUUGAUUGAUCUGUUCUUUGACUCCCAUUUGCUCGGCUUGUCCUCUUUGUAUCGUCUAAGUUACUAUUAAUUCACUGAGUCUUGUGACUUACGCUUUAUAUGUUAUUUUUUUAAGAUAGAGUGGAUCCAACAAAUCCCAAACCAUCCUCAGCUGUGUCGAGUUCAACUCACUUUUUGGAGAACCCGCCACUUGUUGGGUGGGUAUUUUCUAUGUUGUGCUCUGUUUAGCGUUUGGAACUAAACUCUAUAUCCAAAAGCCCCAUUAAAACACAGUUAUGAAUUCUGGCUUGCAUGGUCUCAGUGGACCUCCGGGUUCAUUGGGGUCAUGCGUCGGUCACGUGCCAUCAUUUGGGUCGUUACACUAUGAUAGUGAUAUGGGAAGGAUGCUUGGAUGAUAUGAGGAGUUCCUAUGGUUUUGUUCUUGGGUUAGGGUCUGGAAUGUGAACAUAGGCAUCAAAGAAACAAAAGACAAUGGCUCUCUCUUCAGCUGAAGAAGAGUAUGUAGCAGCUUCACAGGCAGUGUGGAUUAGGAGAGUCAUGGAGGACAUUGGAGUAGCUCAAGAAGGUUAAACAGUGAUAUCUUGUGAUAGCAAGUCAGCAAUUGCUAUUGCAAAGAAUCCUAUUGAUCAUAAUCUGACAAAGCAUAUUGCUAUCAAGUAUCAAUUUGUGAGAGGUGCGAUUGAAGAAGGAUUUAUUAAGCUAGAGCAUUGUAGUACUGAUGAUCAUUUAGCUGACAUCUUCACAAAAGCACUUCCCAGAGAUAAAUUGUACUUUUUGAGAUCCUUGCUUAGUUAUGUGUUUUCGUCCUAAGUGUACUUCUAGGGUUUAUGUCUUUCCCUUUGAUACAAUGUUAAAACUAUUGAGCUCUGCCCCAGCAACUCAGAUUUACAAAAGAAUUGUAGUGUUGAAAGAAGAUAGAUCUGCUUGCAUCAUCUGAAAUCUGUGAGAUAUUCUUGUUUCUACAGCUAACAUGAUGCAAGUCAUAAAUCUUAAAUUGUUUUAAUACUGUACCAACAUUUGAAUUAGAUUCGCAGCUGGUUUUCAAGUUCUUUUAGCGUCGAAAGUGAAUUGGCUGUGUUCUUGAAUAAUGUUGGUCUUUGUUUGUGGCAUAAUUAAAAGAUUAACUAGUGAUCUUCUAUGUUCUGAAAUUUACUAGAUUGAAUCUUCUAUGGCAUUUGUGCAAUUGUGUGCGAAAACGUUCUGUGUUAUAUGAUUUAUUUCGCGAUUUAAACUUUUAUGAAUUUCUUUGGGUUUAUUGUUUUGCAUAAUUGUGACCAAGUCAAAUUGGUGGAAUAUAUCCAACAAAGCUGGAAAAUGCAAAUAUGAUUGACAGUCAUUAGAAUGUACACAAAUAAUAUAUGGCAAAACCAAGCAACACGGCACAUUAACAACAAAUGUUAGGAAAAAACUAGCACUUUGAACCCAAAGGAGAGUCUUCCUCUAUGCAGAAUGGACUAGCUGACGUGCAUUCUUAUUGACCCCCAAGUCACCCUUAGGUUAUGCCUAGUUUAAUAAUUCUCUAUUUUCACAAAAAAAAAUAAAAACGCAUGGCUUGUAAAGAAGACAUUUGAGCCUCUUCAACAUCUAUAUUAAUCAACAACAUUAAUGGUGCAAUUAAUAUUCGAUAUAUUGUGGGGAAACUGCCAAAGAUCUCUAUUUUACAUGACUUAAAAAGUCAAGAACUGUCUUUAUGAGUUGAAGAAUUUUUUGUCAGGAAUUAUUUGGAUGAAGAAAAAGUUGAUGUUGAAUUUCUGGGAAGCCACUUCUUUUUCUUCUACCGUGUUAUUCAAACAUUGAACCUUUUUUUUGUAGAAGUCAAAGUCAUGGUCUUCUUAAAUUAGAAUAAUUAAUAAUAAUUAGAAUGCAACACCUCUAAUAAGUAUAAAUGAAUGGAUCAGCUUGUGUGGUUGAUCAACAUACAAAGAUAUGGGACCAAAGUGGAUAUGUGUUAUGGUAAUUAUAUGGGUAUCAAUAGAUGGUGGGUGGUGCCAUGGGUGUUGGGAGCAGGAGAGACUUGCUCUCUUGCAACUCAAGCCUUUAUUCAAUCAGCUAGACUGGUUGGAGGGUGAGGAGACUUCAGACUGUUGUAAGUGGGGAUCGGUUAAGUGCAAUCCUGCCACAGGACGAGUAAUUACACUCUCCCUUAGUAGAACAUUGAACUCGCCGGUGUUGUACAUCAAUGCCUCUCUGUUUCUCCCGUUUGAAGAACUGAAUAUACUUUACUUGUCGUUCAAUAAUAUAGUUGGCUGUAUUGAGAAUGAAGGAUUUGAAAUAUUAUCGUCAAGGUUGAACAAUCUAGAGGUGCUUGAUUUGGGUCAAAACUCAUUCAACCAGAGCAUGUUAGGAUGUCUGAGUGGGAUUUCAUCUCUUAGGACUCUUUAUCUAGACAAUAAUGGAAUGAGUUCAAUUCCAUCGGAUCAAAGCAAUGGUUUUGGAAGACUGUCCAGGUUGAGCAAUUUGGAGUUUCUUGAUUUGAGCUCUAAUUAUUUCGACAACAGCAUCAUAUCGUCUCUGCAUGAUCUUUCUAACUUAAAAGUUUUAAAUCUGGAAAACAAUCAAUUGAAGGGAACAAUUCGUACGCAUGAAUUCUUCGGUCUGAACAACUUGGAGGAGUUACACAUGAGCGGGAAUAAGAUUGAAGGCUUUGGAUCUCUUCAAGGCAAAAGAACUUUGAACAAGUUAAGAGUUCUUGAUCUAGGAAGCCAACAAAACAAUACAAGCAUUCACCUGCAAUCAUUAGGGUCAAUCCCAAACCUCAGAACACUAGUUCUUACAAAUAAUUACUUAAACGGAACUACAACUACUCAAGAGUUGGGCAAUUUGAGUGCGUUGGAAGAAUUGUUCCUGGAUGGUUCUAUUCUACGCACAGACUUUCUCCAAAGCAUUAGAUCAUUGAAUUCUCUAAGAGUUUUAAGUUUGGGAAGUUGUGGACUCAAGGGAAUCCUGCCUAAUGAAGGCUGGUGUGAAUUGAAGAACUUGCAAGAACUUUAUCUCAAUUCAAAUGAACUUGAAGGGACACUCCCACAAUGUUUACGAAAUUUGUCAUCUCUUCGAUACAUGGAUCUCUCUUCCAAUCAAUUCAAUGGAAAUAUUGCCUCCACUCCCAUAUCCAAUCUCAUUUCUCUUGAAGUCCUCUGGCUGCUAGGGAAUGACAUUGAAGUCCCAAUGUCAUUAAAGCCAUUGGCAAAUCUCUCAAAUCUUAAGGAUUUCUAUGCUGAUAACAUUGUUCAAGAUCUUGAUAGCCAAUUCUGGAUUCCAAGAUUUCAACUACGGAAAUUGAUUUUUAGGAGUUCUCUAUUCAAGAAAUCAAAACCACAUCUUCCCAAUUUCCUCUAUCAUCAAAAUGAUUUGGAGAGGAUUUAUCUAAUGGGUUGUGAGUUUGGAGGUGUGUUCCCAACUUGGUUGCUUGAGAAUAACACAUCAUUAGAUGAUAUUGUUUUGGGUGGUAACUACUUUACGGGCCCAUUGUUAUUGCCAUCACAUUCGAAUCUACAUCUCUCUGGGAUAGAUAUAUCUGACAACCAGGUACAAGGUCAAAUUCCUACAAAUCUAAGUGUCAUUUUUCCAAAUCUGCAGUCCUUACGUAUGUCUGGAAAUUUUUUCCUUGGCGAGAUCCCUGCUAGCUUGGUUGAGAUGGAGUCAUUAGAACUUUUGGACUUAUCUAACAAUCAAUUUUCUGGAGGAAUAUUAUGGCAGUCUGACAAGCAGAGGUCCUCAUUGAAGUUUAUUAAACUAUCAAACAACAGAUUGCAUGGGCGUAUACGGUCUUACUGAUUUUAACUCUACCACAUUGGAGAGUCUUGAAUUGGAUGGCAGCAAUUUUGUGGGAGAGAUACCUAAUAUCUCAGCCUUUUCCUCUUUGCAACUAUUGGCCGUCAGCAACAACUUCUUAUCUGGCAAGCUUCCAAGA